AGCAAGAUUGGUGACGCAUAUGUCUGCAUGUAACGUGUGUGUGUGUGUGAGAGAGAGAGGGGGAGAGAGCGAGAGAGCUGGACCCUCAACCUCAGAAGUCAUCAAGUCUCUUUCUCUCUCGUUGUUUGUGUCUGAGUCCAAGGAGAUAACAUGGACCGGCAAACGCCUGAAGGCCUUUUAUUCUGCUGGAGGUGUUCUUUGGACAUUUUGCGGUGCAGGGAUCCUCUUUUUACCAAAAAGCAUGAGUGCUUUCAUGUACAUUUUUUCAAUAUUUAUUGGCAUAGCAAAUGCUCUAAUGACGGUACGUUACAAAAACCGGUCUUGAUAUGUACUGAAUUCUGUGCGGUGUAAAGGUCUAUGUCACUUUGGUUCAUUAUGUCCAUCUCAAGGCACGGUUCAACCAACCAACUUAUGUCAAAUAUGGUUCUUACUAAAAUUUGUAAAGUGGAUGAAGUUUGAACAAGAGUAUGUGCAUGGUGACUGCUUUUGCAACAGUUAUGACUUCGGAGAUUCUCUUAUUAAAUUUUGUGAUUUUUAUUAUGACAGCAGAUAUAUUAACAAAGUCUAGCAAUUGGGAUAAUGUUCUAGUUUUGUGCAGGAAUUAACGUCUGGGUUAGUAUCAAAAUUAGCCACUCAGGUCAAGCGUCGUGCCUGUUAUAAAAGAUAGUGUUCUGUGGAGAACAGUCUAGUAACAUAUAAAGGAACUAAAUUAAAUAUGAAGUGAUUAAAUUGGCACUAGGAAACUAUGAAUCAUCUGUGUCUCCAUGUGCUUGUUAUUUACUUAUUUAAUCAUGUUUUCAUUAACCUUAGCUUACAGUUGCUGAUUUGAAGUUUUUGGAGUAACAGGUGACUGGAGUGGGCAUGCAAAGUGUUCUAGUUGGUGAAGAUCUCAAUGGCUGUGCUUUUGUUUAUGGAUCACUGAGUUUUUUGGACAAAGUCUUAUGCGGGGUGGCAUUAUACAUUAUUGAGUCAUAUCAGAGUUCCUCUACAUACCUUGAGGGAUGUAAUUACAAGUUUCUUUGUUUUUCAGUCACAAGAUUAGGAUUGGGUCUCGUUCCAGCAGUUUGUUCACUUCUUGGCGUGGUGAUUACUUCCACGAUGAAUCUCCACACUUCUACUUCAAAACCUUUAAUGGAGCCCUUAUUGGCAUAGUUUACAUAGGAAACUAAUUUCUGUAGAAUCAACCCUUAUAUGACAUAGCAAUUGC